AUGCAUGGUGGCGUACGAGUAUAUGCUCGUACAUGUUGCAACAACGAUACAUCAUUGUGCCGCGAUGCAUCAGAGCAAGAUCGCGGUAUUUUGGUAUUAUUUAAUGGGUUAUGCUCGAUGAUAUGCAUUCUACUCAUACCUGUGGUUUUUCGAGAACGCCGCAGAUAUCACGAAGCUCGGGGAUGGGCAUUAAUGGAAAUCUUCCUUCUCGGCGCCGCCAUUCUUUACUUUACUGAUCGUAUUAUGGUAUUCUCAUUGCACUCUUCCCGUGGUCAGUUCUGCUCUGCUGAUCUCUGCUGCUUCGUCCUCGUCGAAUCCACGACACUGAUCGAUGAGAUGCUUUUGAGCGUUUUUUUGAGUAUUAUCGAUUGGAUAUAUGCCUUAAGUUUCGACUGCUGUCAACCUGUCCUGCCCAGUGAUGCCGACCUCUAUCAGGAGUACUUCGUGUCGCUUCUCAUCGUAUACCAGGAUGUCCGGUCGAUCCGCUCUUAUUCUAAUUGCAGUUCCUAUUCGCGUGUAGACUCUGAUUGCAACGUUGUCGUUAGCGACGAUUUUCCGAACGGAGUAACUCAGUCUUUUCUGCUUCAAAAUUGCCGUUUUUUCCAUAGAUAUGGGCUCACUUUCUACAAUACACUUUUGGCUAGUCCUUCAAUUCUCGCCAAAAUCUCUGCUCGCACUUUAUCGUAG